AUGGGACAUGACCAUGGUAGGUUGGAUUCGAAGGUGAUUGCGCAACACAUUUUCACGAUGGUCAAAGCCGAUCCAACAAUCAGCAUCAGGGUUCUGCAAGGAGGUGUGGAAAGGCACUUUGGUUACAAGGCGUCCUACCAAAAGGUGUACAAUAACGCACCUAGAUUUGUCUCUUUAGGUACUUGGGUGCAAUUGGUGACUCAGCUUUGGCCUGGCUCCACGGAUACUGUCAUGUUUCAGCAAGUCUUUUGGAUAUUUUCACCGCGUGUUAAGGCUUUCAAGCAUUGCAAGCCACUUAUUUCCGUUGAUGUCAGUCACUUAUAUGGUAAAUACGGUGGGACCUUACUGAUGGCGAUAGCUCAAGACGGGAAUGCAAACAUUCUGCCUAUUGCAUUUGCCGUUGUCGAGGGUGAGACAAAGGAGUCGUGGUCAUUCUUUCUGUCGUAUCUACGGGAGCAUGUCACACCACAACUCGGGCUCAUAGUGAUUUCAGACAGGCACAAAUCCAUUGAUGGUGCAUUGAACGCCGACGGGAGUCUAUGGAAACCACCUCACGCUUUCCAAGCGUUUUGUACAAGACACAUUGCAUCCAAGUUCAUGACUCACUUCAAGAACAAAGACUUGAAGAAGGUCCUAAUUAACGCAGCGUAUUCAAGGUCACAACGUGAGUUUGCUCAUUAUUACGGUCGGUUCAGGGGAAAAAAUGUAGCAAUCACUAACUGGCUUGAGGAAAUGUCACACUCACAAUGGGCACAGCAUGCUGAAGAGGGUCGUCGAUUUGGUCACAUGACGACGAAUAUAUCCGAGUGUAUUAAUGCUGUUAUGAAGGGGUCCCGCAAUUUGCCGAUCACCGCUCUUGUCAAGUCAAGUUAUUUUCGCCUGGGUGAACUCUUUGCAAGGAAGGGUUCUGAGGCACUGGCCCAACUUCAAGUCGGAGCUAAAUUCUCUCAGACACUGAUGAAGGCCAUAGAAUUCAACUCGAAGCACAUGAACACUAUGAAUGUUUACCAGUUUAAUCGAUUGAGAGCAAACUUCACGGUUGAAGAGUUAGCAGCAGUUCCUGGGUCCAGGCAACAGAAUUAUCAGGUGCUACUUAAUGAGGGCACGUGUGAUUGUGGGUAUUUUUAG